AUGACACCAAUUUGUGGGAAUGUAUCUGGCGACGGUUAUGAUCACACUGAUCCUAUGCUAGCUGCACGAAGUUACGAGGAAUUGUUGAUUUCUGCAUCCAAGGCACCAGGUGAAGCAUACGAAAAUACAAUAAAAUCAGCAUCCUCGCCUGACUUAUCCAAGCGCCGAGACAACCUCUCAUCCAGUUUUACAUAUGUUUCAGUUGAACAUGCUCAAGGGUCACAGGCACACGACGCAAUAAAUGCUAGGGCAGUUAAUGACAAUGUGGAGAACACUGACAUCGCCGCGAAUACAAUGGUUUCAUACUCAUACACCUCGGAUGCCCCUAGAAAAUAUUCGGUACAGAAUUUGGACACUAUGCGACCAGAAGGAACGCCGAGUGGUUCAUUUCGUAAGAGUGACUCAACGGCACGAAGCAGCGCAUACAUGUCGCGCCCAGCGGCUACUUCCUGUAAUGACACUCAAAUUCCUUUCUCAUACGAACCUACUGCAUAUGCCAGCCACUCAGGUGUAGAGUAUGACUCAGGAUCUCAGGGAGAUGUGUCAUUUGCCGCAUUUGAACGCCGCGAUGUGGAGAACGAUCUUACGUUGCCUAUCGCAAAUAUCGGUCGCGUCAUGAAAAGUGUAUUACCCGCGACAGCCAAGAUAGCCAAACAAGCAAAAGAUGUAAUAAGGGACUGUGUCAUAGAGUUUAUCCUUUUUGUUUCGUCUGAGGCGAGUGACAUUUGCACCCAUGAGCGGCGCAAAACGCUCAGUGCUGAUGAUAUUUUGGUGGCAAUGAGCUCGUUGGGUUUUGGCCAUUAUAAUGAUGCACUGCGCUGUUAUCAGGCAAAGAUUAAGGAGAGAGAGCCUGCCACGAUGUUUGAUUUUUAG